AUGUCGCCCUCUGAUUACAGUCAGUUCGGGACACAAGUUGCAGAUCAGAAGGCGCGAGCUUUUUCUGCAAAUGUCACCGUCCUGGUCUUAAUUUCCUUCCUCACCGUGCCCUCGGUGCUUGCUAUACAGUCCCAUUUUCGGCACAAAAAAUCGAAGCCGAGACUCUACGAAGACAAGGAUGGGGUCGCAACCGAGGAGUCAAUGGCUGCGUAUUCAGCCACGACUCCAAAAAUCGUGCUGACCAUCUUCACAAUUGCUGGCUUUGCGAUCGCUACGUCUUUAGCUGUUAUAACUACUUUAAAUCAAAAUGAGAAUGGUCUUUUCAUUCAUAACUGGCUCAAUUUCGCUCAAUGGACUAUUAUUCUCAUCCAGACAGUUUCAAUCAGCAUUGUUAGGGAUCACUCGAAAUUAUUCUCACUUGGAUUAUAUAGUGCACUUUCGAGCAUAUUCUUGUUUGCGGUCCUCUUCUUCCAGACUUCGAUGCUGAUACAAAACAAAUCCGGCAAAAACACACGAUGGAUGUAUACCGUGCAUCUUUACAUCUACUCCGCGCAGGUAGUCGCAUCGCUUCUAUCAGCACUGGCUGGUGUAUCCUUGCCUCGGAGACCAGAGGUUUUCUAUAAAAACCAUGUGGUCGACAACAUGGAUACCCAAUCAGCCCUGGAAAAAUUCACAUUCGCUUGGAUCGAGCCCAUACUCAUGAUUGCCAGGAAGAGGAGACAUUUGGAUCUCAAGGACCUGCCGAAGAUGAGCCAUAACGCCCGCGCAAAGGAUCUCAGUGAUUCCUGGGCAAAUAAAAAACACUCGAGAAAGCUCUGGGUUGAAGUUGCUCUCGCACACAAGCGAGCUUUGACUGUCCAGUGGAUUCUUACAUUCGGUCAAUCAAUCGGCACUUUCGCACCUCAGCUUGCCACGUAUUUCAUCCUGAAAAUGCUGGAAGAUAACGCAGUCGGACAAAGAGCUCCCCCCGAAGCAUGGAUAUGGGUUAUUGUGCUUACAAUCACUAGUAUCGGCAGCUCCUGGGUUGAGUCCUGGUUGUAUUGGAUAUGUUGGUCUGAGCUUGCCAUUCCAGUCCGCGCUCAGCUCUCAGCGCUCAUCUUUCAGAAAGCCAUGAGACGCAAGGACGUUAAAGGCGCUUCAAAAGAUGCUAUCAAGGGCAAUGUGGAAAACGCGGCAGAGACAUUGCCAGAAGAUGACGAGGAAGAUGAAGAGAGCGACCCAAAGAGCAAACAGUCAACAGUCAACCUCAUCGGAGUCGAUACAAAACGAGUCUCAGAGUUUUGCUCUUUCAACAACAUUUUCCCAGGAAGCUUCUUUGAGCUGAUCGUGUCGUUUGUUUUCCUGUGGUCCAUCAUCGGAUGGGAGUCCUUGUUGGCAGGCUUUCUUGCGAUGGCUCUUACCAUACCAAUCAAUAUCUACUCCAGCAAGCGGUACUCGGAUGCUCAGGACAGACUUAUGAAAGCAAGAGAUGCCAAGAUGGCUGUGGUUACCGAAGCUCUGCAAGGAAUCCGCCAAAUCAAAUUUUCGGCUCUGGAAACAAAUUGGUAUCAAAAGAUAGGGAAGUUCCGCGGAAAAGAACUAGACGAGCAAUGGAGUGUGUUCCUUGCUGAUACAGUCCUACUCUUCUGCUGGAUUUCGAGCCCAAUCCUGCUUUCCGCAGCCUCGCUCGCUACCUACGCCGUGAUACACGGCAGUCUGACCCCAUCUAUAGCAUUCACCGCGAUUGGCAUCUUUGCCAACCUCGAAGUAACUCUGUCCGUCAUCCCAGAACUGACGACAGACCUUAUCGAUGCGUACAUCUCCAUCAGCCGAAUCGAGAGAUACCUUGAAUCGCCAGAAAUUUCCAAAAACAGUAUCGAUACACCCGAUAUCUCGUUCGAUAACGCAUCCAUUGCUUGGCCGUCAGAUGAAAAGAAGGAAGCCGAUGACCAGAGAUAUGUCCUAAGGAAUCUGGAUCUGUCAUUUCCUCAAGGGGAGCUCAGUGUUGUGAGUGGCAAGACAGGAACGGGUAAAAGUCUCCUGCUAGCGGCAAUCCUCGGCGAAGUCGACGUCCUUUCCGGAAAGAUCAGUGUUCCACGUCCACCUACUACCCAGGAACGACAUGAUCAUUUGGCUACAAGAGACAAUUGGAUUUUACCUACCUCUGUUGCGUUUGUGGCGCAGAUUCCCUGGAUCGAGAACGCUAGUAUCAAGGACAACAUUCUCUUCGGUCUCCCCUUUGAUGAGCAACGAUAUAACAAGGUCAUUGAAGUAUGCGCUUUACGGAAAGAUCUAGAUAUGCUCACUGAUGGAGAGAACACUGAGAUCGGCGCCAAUGGUAUCAACUUGAGUGGUGGUCAACGGUGGAGAGUCACCUUUGCUAGAGCACUGUAUUCCCGAGCUGGUAUUUUGAUUUUGGAUGACAUAUUCAGUGCCGUUGAUGCUCACGUCGGACGAUUCCUUUUUGAGAAAGGUCUCACUGGAGAACUUGGUGUUGGCAGAACCCGAAUCUUAGUUACACACCACGUUGCUCUCGUCAAGUCAAAGACUAAAUACGUGGUGGAACUAGGCGACGGUACAGUCGAGAAUUGUGGAUUGGUCGAUGAUUUGGAAGAAGCCGGUACCCUGGAUAGGAUUGUCAGUCAUCAAGAAACCGAGCGCGAAAUUCAAGAAGAUGAAGAUUCCACGGCUGUUAAUUCCGAGGAACCAUCUGAUAACGAGGCGAUGGAGCAGCUGAAGAAGGUUAAUUCUAAACAAGCCCCGAAGAAGUUCGUAGAGGAUGAGGCGAGAGAACACGGACGAGUCAAGGGUGCUGUUUAUAAAGCAUAUCUCAAGGCCGGUGGUGGAUUCCCUUAUUGGACUGUCGUUUUGAUUGCAUUUUUAACUAUGCAAUGCAUCACAACAGGUCGAUCCUGGUGGCUCAAAGUCUGGACUGGCAGUGCUAGUACCGAAGCCAAGGGCCAGACAGUCACCUAUUUCCUCCAAUCACAGACGCCUUUGAUGUCAUACAAUACAUCGGCACCCAGUGUUGGCUCGCUAUCAGACUCUGGUCCCGGAUACUCCCUUGGCUUCUACUUAGGAAUCUACAUCAUCCUCUCCGUUGUGGCGGCUAUCUUGGGCACAUUCAGAUACUUCUACAUCUACAUCGGCUCGAUUCGCGCAUCUCGGACUCUGUUCAACAAAUUAUGCUACACUGUGUUACGAACACCGUUGCGGUGGGUGGACACGGUGCCUUUGGGUAGAAUUCUGAAUCGAUUCACAGCAGACUUUGAGACCGUCGACGCUCGUUUAUCUCGUGACUUUUCAGGUGAAUUGCACGAUGUCUUUCAACUUUUCGGUGUUAUUGUUGCCGGCAUCUUCGUCUCACCAUACGUCAUCUUGCUUGCAACUUUCUUACUUUUAGCUUGUGUUUGGAUUGCGAAAAUUUAUCUCCACGGCGCCCGUGAGGUAAAACGUCUCGAAUCCAAUGCCAAGUCACCAAUAUUCGAGCAAUUUGGGUCCGCGCUCACCGGUGUCGGCACUAUAAGAGCCUUCUCCAAAACCGACACAUACAUUGAACGCAUGUUUGCCAAGCUUGAUGAUUACAGCACCACUUACUGGCACCUGUGGGCUUUCAAUCGAUGGAUGGGUUUACGUAUGGCAUUAGUUGGCAGUUUGUUCUCUACGAUCGUUGCAGCCAUCAUUCUGCUCAUACCAACUGUGGAUGCAUCACUAGCAGGAUUUGCGUUAUCUUUUGCCCUGAAUUACGGACAAACCGUCAUUUGGAUCAUCAGACAUUACGCAAAUCUGGAGUUGCAGAUGAACGCUGUCGAACGGAUUACGGAGUACUCCAAUCUCAAGACCGAGUCCCAGGAUGGGGCUGAUCCACCAGCUGCAUGGCCAAGUGAAGGUCGUCUCGAAGUUAAUGAUCUUGUUGUCUCAUACGCACCUGAUCUCCCGCCUGUUCUCAAGGGUCUCACUUUCCGCGUCGAGCGCAGUGAACGUAUUGGCGUUGUUGGUCGUACGGGAGCUGGGAAAUCGUCCCUCACAUUAGCACUAUUCCGUUUUCUGGAAGCAAGCCAGGGAAGUAUCCACAUUGACGGUCUCGACAUUUCAAAGAUCAAACUGCAUUCGCUCCGUUCACGUCUAGCGAUUAUUCCUCAGGACCCAGUCUUGUUUUCGGGAACUGUCAGAUCAAAUUUGGAUGCGUUCGAUGAGCACUCCGACUCUGAACUACGUGAUGCACUAGUUCGCGUGCACCUCGUUACAGAAUCUGAACUGAGCACUUCAAAUAACGAAUUAUCCGGAUCAAGCGCCAACAGUGGAACAGUAACCCCAUCAGAAAAUCAAAACAUCAAUCCCUUUACGUCUCUUAACUCACCCGUCAGCGAGGGAGGACUAAACCUCUCUCAGGGUCAAAGACAACUUCUCUGUCUCGCCCGAGCUAUCGUCUCCCGUCCCAAGAUCGUGGUUCUAGACGAAGCCACAAGUGCAGUUGACAUGGCGACCGAUGCACUGAUCCAGAGAAGUAUUCGCGAAGAGUUCGGCGACAGCACCCUUCUCGUCAUUGCGCAUCGUUUGAGCACGAUCAGUGAUUUUGAUAAAAUUCUCGUCAUGGACGAUGGAAGAGUCGCUGAGUUCGGGACUCCGAAAGAAUUGAUGCAACUGCAGAACGGUAUUUUCAGGGGUAUGGUUGGGGAGAGUGGCGAGAAGGACAAGCUGGAGAAACUCAUUUUGGGAUGA